AUGGAUGACUCACUGGUGCUUAAGAAACGGGGCUAUACAUUGGGCAUCAGUUUAGGCGAGGGGUCAUACGCCAAAGUAAAAUCCGCUUAUUCCGAGCGUCUGAAAACCAAUGUGGCAAUCAAAAUUAUUAACAGAAAAAGGGCGCCGCCGGAUUUUUUGGAUAAGUUCUUGCCCCGGGAACUGGACAUUCUUGCAUCCCUAAACCACCGCAACAUCGUCAAGACAUUCGAAAUUUUCGAGACUUCAGAAGGCAAGGUGUACAUGAUUAUGGAGCUUGGUGUGCAAAGGGACCUACUGGAGUUCAUCAAAUUCAGGGGUGCCUUGCCCGAAGAUUUCACCAGAACACUGUUCAAACAGCUGUCACUUGCAAUAAAAUUCGCACACGCCCUAGAUGUUGUUCAUAGAGACUUGAAAUGUGAAAACCUGCUAUUGGACCAAAACUUUAACCUCAAAGUGUCAGACUUUGGUUUCGCCAGGAGGUUCAAAUAUGAUGAGGAUGGACAAAUGAUUCUCAGCCAAACGUUCUGUGGCUCUGCAGCCUAUGCAUCACAGGGGGUCCCAUACAACCCCAAAGUGUAUGACGUUUGGAGUAUGGGGGGGGGGGGGGGGGGGGUCGUUCAAUUCAUUAUGCUCUGUGGGUCUAUGCCCUAUGAUGACUCCAAUAUCAAGAAGAUGCUGAAGAUUCAGAAGGAGCAUCACAUUGAUUUCCCACGCAGCAAAGCUGUCCUGACAGAGUACAAAGACUUGAUAUAUCACAUGCAUAACCCCGAUGUGGCCCAGAGGGUAGAGAUUGACAAUAUCCUUGAGCAUGUAUGGGUGCAGUCCAAAUCACAUGGUAGUAUGAGACGGGAAGAUGGGCCUUCCACAUCGGAAGCAGCUUGCUCCAAAAAGGAAAGGAAGGAUGAAAGUAGUAAGAAUCCUCAUGGCAAUGAGAACAAGAAAGGGGUGAAAGCAGAGGCUGAGGCCAAAUCAGAUCCAAAACCUUCAGUGUAG